CCCCGCCGGAUCGAACCGCCUAGGGUUUGCGCUGCGCGAAGAUGAAGCGGCCGCGCGGCGGCGGCGAGGCGUCGGCCGGCGAGGGAGGGAGCGGCGGCGGGUUCGGGAAGGGGAAGGGGAAAGGGAGGUGGGGCGGCGGGAGCCGGAGGCGGAACGAGCAGCGGCUGGGCGUCGGCGGCGGCGGGGCGCUCUCCCUCGCGGCGUUCGCCAGCGCCAAGUCCCGGAACACCGGCUACAACCCGGCCCUCAUCAAGAAGAAGAAAGAGUUCUACAAGAAUGCUAAGUUAAUUAGCAAGUACAAAAGGACAAAGAAGCAACACAGUCAGUCAAACAACCCUCCAGAAUUUCCAAUCCGUGAGGAUAGGGAUGAUAAUGCACAAAAUGUGCCAAAGCCGCAUCAUAAAGGGAAGAAGCGCACUGCGCAAAGCUUGAAGGCAGAGUAUGAGAAAAAGCGUGCGGAGGAUGAGAAGGCUAAGAAGGAGCGGGAUGUGAUCAUUCAGGCAAAGAGGGAACAGCAGGAGAAGUCUGAGGCGAAGCGGAGGGAACUGAGGGAGAAGAUGUUCAAGAAGACAAGAUCUGGCCAACCUGUGAUGAAAUACCGUAUCGAGCAUCUCUUGGAGACUGCGCUACAAAACUGAUGCAAGUGACACGAUAUCAGUAAUCGCCAUGACCGCUGUCCGCCCGGGACCUAAGCAUGCACACAAACUUUGUAGUUAUGUUCAACCAUCAGUUUGGUUUAAGUUUAACAUACUUUGUUGACUUAUUGUAUAUAUCUUUUCUAGCAAUCUUUGGAUUUGAUCACAUCACUCUGGUUUUCCCAUCUAUGGUACGGUGCGCUUCAAUUUUUGCAAAUGAUGUAAGAUGAUCAGGGAAGAUCUGAGUGCUCAGAAACAGUUGGAUCCACAAGCCCUGAUUCCAUUAGCUAUCAAUCUGAUCUUAUUUUGAGUAAA